AUGGAUUCAUCUGAGGUUAACCCAACCUGGCUCCUGGAGUCUCCUCAAAUGUCCAUUGAUGAAAACUCCCAGGCAAUUCCAGUUGCCUCUCAACCUAUGUCUGAAGUGUUAAUAAAGAACCUCUGUAACUUGACGCUCAACCCUAGUACCAAAUUGUCAUUCAUUCUACCAGAAUGUCUACCUCCACCAACUGGGCGGUUACUUGGUGAAAACAUACGCUAUAGGAGAGGGGUGAGGACCGUGUUAACUGAUCGGAGAGAUAAGACGGAGGGGCUGAUCCAAUCUAUUAAAAAACGCUAUGGCAAAGGAGUUCCUUGGUCUGACUCUCAAAGAGAACGACAGCAGAAUGACACUGAGACUCGAUCAAGAGAGCAAAGAUUUAGAUGUAGCUGUCGUUUUUGCCGGUUUCGUAGAGAUCCUUCUGAGGAUAAUUAUGAGAAUUAUUACAACAAUAAGUAUUACAGGUAUUAUUAUGACAGACACAGAGUUGAAGGAGCCAUAAACCUUAUUCUUGUACUAUUUUUUCUUGCUGAUCUUUAUAACUGUAAAAUUCUGGAUGAGUCGAGGCUCUUUAGGAUAGGAUGGCACGUGUCCCAGUCCUGCCGGUGGCCUGGGAAGGUGGGAAAUGCCAAACCAGACAGGAAGGCCUCAGUCCUCAGCACUCAGCUCUGA